GAUUGACAGGACAAGUCAAGUGUCAAAAAAUUGAUGGCUUCUUUAACGCUACCCGAAUAUUUCUGCGGCAUUUUAAUAAUAUAAUUGGAGUAUAUUUUUGACGACGAAUAAUAAUUAAUUGAUUUGUCUACCAAAUGUAUUAUAGCAAUUUAAAUAGUGAUAGUUAUUUGUGAAUAAUAUGAGUAGCGAUGAAAGUGAAGUGUAUCCUCAUAAGCGCAAGAGAAAAAUACGUCGCUUGCCUGAUGACAGUCCGGCGAGUACUUCCAGCGGAAGCCCUAUCCUAGGAAGUACUUCUUGUAAUAGGAGAAACAGGGCAGCCGUUUUAAAUAUUUCAUCCGAUUCCAAUAACAGCGAUAUUUCUGAGCUUAUCGCGCAAAAGAGAAAAGUAAAUAGAUUAAUUAGCAACUCAGAUUCAUCCCUAGUUGAGAGCGACUCUAGCCCUUUAAUUUCCAAAAGAAGUAAAAAACUAAAAAAAGUCAUAAUAAGCACAUCUGAUUCUAGCUCUGAUAGUGAUUCUGAUAUUAUAACGGUUAGAAAAACAAAAAAUAUUGCCCCAUUAUCAAUGACCGAUUCUGAAAGCGAAAGCGAGUGGGAAAGCGAGUCUGGAGAUGAGAUCUCAAAAAAAUCUGGUAAUUCGAAUAAUAUAGUACCUGAAGAAAAAUGUAUUGAUUCAGAUUCCAGUGAUGGACAAUCAGAAAAAUGUCCUAUUUGUCUAUUGUCAUUUCGAUUGCAAGAAAUAGGAAUCCCGGAAAAUUGUGAGCAUAACUUUUGUUUAGAAUGUAUACAAGAAUGGUCAAAAAAUAUGAAUACUUGUCCAGUUGAUCGGAAGGAAUAUAACUUGAUUAUAGUGAAAAAUUCUCUUGCGGGUAAUGUAAUUAAUCAAAUAUAUAUUGAAAAACCGGAGAUUCAAAAUGAAAUGAACAUAAUAGAAGAUCCAACAUUUUGUGAAAUAUGCGGUUCAAAUGAACAUGAGGACAGACUGCUUCUGUGUGAUGGAUGUGAUCUUGGAUUUCAUCUUUAUUGUCUUAAUCCACCUCUUGAUGAAGUUCCUGAUGGUGCUUGGUACUGUAAUGAAUGCGGCCCUGGUGUAAAUCUGAAUAUUGAUAUGGAAGAAGUUGCAGGUUUAUAUGAAGAUGCUGAAGAACAUUUUGGUCAAAUUGUUAUUGGACAUCGAAGACAACCAUCAGCUAGAUUGAUACCCCGAACAAGACAGUCAGAACGAGUGAGACGACGCAUUCUGAAUAAUAGAAAUGAGAGAUACCAGCUACAAAAUUCUAUGGAAGAAAGAGCUUCUACAUCAACAGAACAACUAGCUGGAAACAUUGUAUCUAGUUCAACUGGCCUAAACAGGAAAAAGAAGCGACAAAAAAAGAAAAGAAGGAAAUCAAAGAAACCUCGAUAUCAGACGGUGUAUGUGUUAGAUAGUUUGACUGGUGAGGCAGUGCCAGUUAAAAAGUUGGUGAAACGUAAAUCUCGAAAAAGAAGAAAUAAAAGAAAGUCAUUACCAUCAGUUGAACUUCUGAAGAACACUGUCAAAAAACGUUUAUCAGCACAGUUAGGCAUAUGUGUUCCUAAGAAUGUUCCACAGUUUUUACCUGAUGUUAAGAUUGCAAAUGAGGGUCAUAACAGUAUCAGACAUAAUCGUCAUGUUGUUGGCAUUCCAAAUGUAGAUUUGUUUGGUACUCAAAAUAGGCUCGAUAAUUAUUAUUCACAUUCAGACGAUGAAGAUAUUUUUUAUAGAGGUAGUGGUGGGGAAGUUUCUACAUUAUCGGCCAGAAGAGUUCCGAACGCCAGCGAUGCCAUGGCACUCCGACGAAACCUUCGUAGAAAAACAGUCAUAAAUGUCCCAACAGUCUCUAGUUCUACAGAUGUAUUGGGCAGUAUUAUGCAGUCACAAGAAAAAAUGCUAUCACGGAAUUCAAUUAUGACUGUAGACUCAGCAGGAAAAUUAAAAAUUGAAAAUAAGGGUGGUAGUAUUUUAAAUAACAAUACAUUUACCAAGCCAAACUUUAAUUCAUAUGUAGUAAAAAAGACACCAUAUGGGAAUAGCACUAAUACUGGAGGAGGAGGAGGAUAUUCUUCAAACCAAGAUUGGUCAAAUUCAAGAAUGUAUCACUCUGUAAAUUCCCAAGACACUUACUAUGGUGCCUCAAGUUCUAAUUAUAAUCAAGCCAGCAACGUUUCAGGUACUGACAGAAUUAAUUCUGAUGAUCAAACAAAUGAUGUACCACAAGAUUAUACUCAAAGGACUUUAUGUGAGGCAGAGUUACUUCAAGAAGCCGAGGAAAAAGGAAAAAAUACACCAGAUGGUAGUACACCUAUAAGCGAAUCAGAACUAGAUAUUUAUAGUGAUAUAGAAAACGAAACUGUAUCUACUAGUAAAGUAGAUGAUGACUUUAAACCUCCAUCUCCUCCUAAUUCCCCAAUAUUUCAAACCUCUCAUAUGCAGAGUAAAACUCCUAAUACGGAUGAAGAUAAUGAUUCAGAGUCAGGUAUGGUUAUUGAUACCGAAAAAGUCUCGGAAGAAAUUAAAGAACCUGUUACAUCAACGGUAGAAUAUUCUGAACAGUUAUAUAGCCCUGAACAACCCACUUCAAGUCCUGGAUAUAUUACUUAUAGUCCUGGUGAGCCAACCGAUAGUCCCACACAGAGUCUGAAUCAAUCUACUAAUGAAGAGCCACCUGAUGAUACAGAAAUACAGUCAGAGACUGUUCAGUCCACAGAACAAACUGAUAUUAAUAGCGAGCUAACUGAAAAUAAACCACAAUUAGAGAAACCAGAUGAUGAUGAAGAUUCUAAUGAUGGUUGCCCCAAUUUUAGUAUUUAUUCUCGAACAAGUAAAACUGUUGCAUUAACUACAGAUAUAACACUAGCGCCAUCUACUACAGAUAUAACAGCACCAAAUAGCACAAACGAGAAUAUUAUUCAAAGUAGUAUUACUUCUGCGAAUGAGAGUGUUACGCAACCUUUUGUAACCGAUUCUACCGUCAAUGACGAAUCAAAAUCAACUAUUAAAGAGAGCAUGGAGAGUCAUUUACCUCUCAAUAGUAAUGUUUCAUUAGAGAAAGCUGUAUUCAGUGCAGCUUUCAGCAGUAUUGGUGUGUUAUAUAGCGAUUCUGAAGAUGAAAGUGUAGUUAAAAAGAAUGGUUCCUUUGCAAUUUCUGAUAUUAAAGAUAUGACGGAAGAUAUUCUAAGCGAGGAAGAACGAAGUUAUACGCCCUUAUUAGAUGAGAAAACAGAAAAACCUAAAGAAGGUCUAGAAGGGCUUGAUACGGAAUUAAUCUCUGAUGAGGAUCGCAACGAUUUUGACGAAUCGCAUGAUCUUAAAACGAUUUCUGAUGGUGAUGCUUUAGAAAUUAAUGCUAAGGAAUCUGAAUUGGACUUAAGACCAGAGGAUUUUGAAGAAGGUGAAAUUGUCGAUAAGAACAAAGAAAAGGUAUCUAUACCAACAACUAGUUCAGAUCCAGAUCAAAAUAAAGAAAUAGAUGAGGACGAGGGAAAAAAUAUAGAUGAUGAUAAAAAAGAGGAAUCAGUUUCAAAAAAGAAAAAAAAGAACCCAAUUAAAGAUGUGAAUGAUUUAAAAGAUAAGAAUAGUAAUAAGGAGAAUGAAAAUAAGCGGUCGUCAUUUAAAAAGCUUAGUAGGACUAACAAAGACAGAAACUAUAGAGAUACUUAUAAAAGCAGAAGUAAAUCUAAGGAUCGCGAACUUACUGAGUUUCGUAACAAAAGCCCAGACAAGAAUGCAAGAAAGGAAACUAAAAGAAAGAAAGAAAAGCGUAGAGAAUUGGAAAGAUAUAAUGUACGAGCUUUAAUAGCAGAUAAACCACGACCUCCACCAAAAGAUCAGUUUGGCCGAGAUUUACGUCACACUGUUUCGCGAUCGCGCAGUCGCUCAAAAUCUUAUACACCCCCUAUUGUUCAUAGAUCCCAAUCUCCCUCUAUUAAUGAGAUUCGUAGAUCGUCCUCCAAAAGAAAUUCUAGAUCUACAUCUAGAAAGAAAUCAGUUUCAAAGGAACGCACACACAGAUCGGUGUCUAGAGACCGCACUUUAUCAAAUUCUAAAGAUAAAACUCAUAAAAGAAAAGCGAGAUCGCGCAACCGUAAAUCAGAAAGUCGUUUGCGAUCUAACUCAGGAAGACGACGGACGGACAGAUCAAAAUAUAAAAAGAGAAAACGUUCGAGAAGUAAAACAAGAAAACGUAAUAAAUCUAAGGAGAGAUACAGAACAAAGAGUAAGAAGAGGUUGCAAAGAAGCAAAAGCCGAAGUAAUAGCAGAAUAAGGUCUCGUUCACGUUCGUUGUCUACAAAACGAAGACGCCACGAUUGGACACCUUCAUUUUCAAGAUCGCCUAGUUUACCAAUACGACAUAUAUCGCCUUCUUGGACGCCCCCUAGAGUUGAUAAUACCCAAGCACUUCGAAAUCAGAAUUUGACUGUAAUUCUUAACAACAAAAACAACAAUGCAGCUAAAAAACGAAAAAAAGACAAGCGUUCUAAAGAAAAGAAAGGUGCGACUUCCAAAAAAAGACGGAGGGAUCGCGAACGUACCCCACCACCUUCUAAAGAGGUUUUUGCUUCUGGUGAUAACAUCCUAGUAAGCGUUAGUUUUAAUAGCGAAAAUGAAACCAGAGAUGUGACAACUAGGGAAAGAAGACGAAAGGAGAUUAUAUCAGAAGAUCCAAAGAAAAAUAAGGAUAGAAGGGUACGAAAUAAAAGAGAUCUAACUGGUGUUAAACCCGUAGCAAUUAUUGAUUUAGAAAGGUCACCAUUUCAAGAAAUUCUUGAGUCUCCUAAAGAUAUUAUAGUAUUAAGCGACAGUGAUAAUAACGAAACUGAUAACAGGAAUAUUCAGAAUAUUUGCGAUUCUUCUCAGCAAGUGGCAAGCCCAGAAAGAACUCCAACGUAUAGCAUGGGUCCAAAAACACCUCCUGAACCAAGUGUUAAGUUUUCUUUAUUAGCAAAACCUCCUCAACUACGUGCAAUUAGUAAUCCUCUUCAUGAACCUGAUGAAGCAAUAGAAGAGGAUAUGCAACCUGAAAUGAGUAGUACAACUCACAAGGGUCCAAAUACUCCUCCGGAGGAACCUCCCACCUCUCCUCCUAGUUCACCAGAUGCAUACGAUCCUUAUGAACCUACAAAAAGUAGAUCACCCACACCAGAGCCUCUACAGCUACCCAAUUGUUCUGGAAACGAGCAGUCUCUUCAAGAGAGCCUGGAUAAUAAAACUAACACAGAUAAUAUUCUAGAAAAGACCGGGCAAACUCCAGAUGUAUUAAAAUCUUUAACACCUCCUAUUGCAGAUAUACAACCAGCUGAUUCACAAAGUAGUAUUCAAGAAAUAUCCGAUUCAAAAUCACCUGAUCAGCAACAAAGGAUAGGCGUUGUUAUUAAUCAGACUAUUCAGCCAGCCAAUAGUAAACCUGUUGCACAAACUAUUCCAUUUAGUUCAGUGCCAACUUCAAUUGUAACCUCAACUCCUGUUUCAACUAGUCUGUCAACAUCUAGAAUAAAUUUCUUAAGUUCAACGGUAAUUACUCUGCAAUCCAAUAUACCUCAAAGAAUAGUAUUACCAAACCAAGUUAAAUCGAGUCCGGUAAAAAUUUCUCCUACAAAAGCAGCUGUUAAGUCAACUCCUAUCAAGCCAAUGCAAUUGAAGAGUAUUAACAAAUCCAAGAAAAACACUAGAAAUCAAAACGGAACCAAUUUAGAGGACGUGAAUCUUGAUUUUGAUUCUCCGUAUUCACCGGGCUCCAGUGAUUAUGACGAUCUGUUUGAACCGCCUAGUGACCCACCUAUUGCUGCUGUAAAGGCGAAGUCAAUAUCAAAACCAAAAAGUAACAGUUCCCAGAAGCAUCAGUCUACAUUUGAUACCUUAUUUGGUUCACCAAAUUAUAAUAAAAAAAAGAACACUGAAAAAAGAAUUCAUGGUAGCAAGAAAAAUGUUUUACCCACCAAAACAAAACAAAUCGGUGUUAAAAUAGAUGAAGACAGUCUUAAAAUUUUAGAGGACUUGCCAAAUUCAGCAGUUGAAAUGCAGGUAAAAGAUAAGUUCCUUAAAAAAUUGAAUCGACAAGAAAGGGUCGUCGAAGAAGUUAAAUUAGUUCUUAAACCGUACUAUAAUAAAAAGAAAAUUACAAAGGAUGAAUACAAAGAUAUCAUGAGACGAGCUGUACCCAAGAUAUGUCACAAUAAAUCUGGCGAAAUCAAUCCUAUAAAAAUAAGAACUCUCAUUGAAGCGUACGUAAAAAAAAUCAAACACAGCAAAAAAGUCACUUCAUCAAGCUCGUUACCUCAGAAAGUAGUAUAAUAGCACAUAUUUAAGGUAAUUUUUCAUUCUCUAUUGUAUAUAAUUUUAGUAUUUAAAUUGAUAAGGAAACUAGUAAAUAGGAAAUAUUUAUAUUCAUGAUGUAAUUAUUUAAUUAAUAUUAUUGUAAGGAUGUAGAUUGGAAAUAAAUAUGUAUGAAAGUUUGCUCUCUUGCUACGAAA